UUAGAGUGUCUUCUUGUUUUGUAUUAUUUUUUUCUCAUAGGUUUCUUGUAAUACACGCUUCUUCUUCUCUCUCCCUCUCUCUUAUGGCCUCCUCUUGAAAGCGUCUUGCAUGCUAAGAGAAGGCUUUAGAGCAAGGAGAGAAGGGAGAAGUUGAUUCCUCCACCGGAUAUAUCUCCUUUUUAUAUCUGCCUUUAUUUAUUUAUUUCUAAGAUCAUAUCUCUCUUUUAAGGAAGAAAAAUGGCAACUGAUAUUUCGUGGGAUGAAAUCAAGAAAGAAAAUGUGGAUCUUGAGCGGAUCCCUGUGGAAGAAGUAUUUGAGCAGCUGAAAUGCUCAAAAGAAGGUUUGUCAAGUGAUGAAGGGAAGAAAAGGCUUGAAAUAUUUGGGGCAAACAAGCUCGAAGAGAAAUCAGAGAACAAGUUUUUGAAAUUCUUGGGGUUCAUGUGGAAUCCUCUCUCAUGGGUUAUGGAGUCUGCUGCAAUCAUGGCUAUUGUUUUAGCUAACGGGGGAGGAAAGCCUCCGGAUUGGCAAGAUUUUAUUGGUAUUAUGGUGUUGCUUAUCAUCAACUCCACCAUCAGUUUCAUCGAGGAGAACAAUGCUGGUAAUGCCGCCGCUGCUCUCAUGGCAAAUCUUGCACCCAAGACUAAGGUGUUGAGAGAUGGUAAAUGGGGGGAGCAAGAGGCUUCAAUCUUGGUUCCGGGUGAUUUGAUAAGCAUCAAAUUGGGUGACAUUGUUCCUGCUGAUGCUCGUCUCCUCGAAGGAGAUCCUUUAAAAAUUGACCAAUCUGCUCUUACCGGUGAAUCCCUUCCAGUCACCAAACACCCUGGAGAUGAAGUAUUCUCAGGCUCAACCUGCAAGCAAGGUGAGAUUGAGGCUGUUGUGAUUGCUACGGGUGUUCACACCUUCUUUGGCAAGGCUGCUCAUCUUGUUGACAGUACCAACAAUGUUGGCCAUUUCCAAAAGGUUUUGACAUCAAUUGGUAACUUCUGUAUAUGCUCAAUUGGAUUGGGAAUGUUGAUUGAAAUAUUGAUUAUGUACCCUAUCCAACACCGCACAUACAGAGAUGGUAUUGAUAAUCUAUUGGUACUUUUGAUCGGAGGAAUUCCAAUCGCCAUGCCAACAGUUUUGUCUGUAACAAUGGCUAUUGGGUCACAUAGACUCUCUCAACAAGGUGCCAUCACCAAGAGGAUGACUGCGAUUGAAGAAAUGGCUGGAAUGGAUGUUCUAUGCAGUGAUAAGACUGGAACUCUAACACUUAACAAACUCUCUGUCGACAAGUCUUUGAUUGAAGUGUUCCCAAAGAACAUGGAUACAGAUUCAGUUGUAUUGAUGGCUGCAAGAGCUUCCAGGAUUGAAAACCAAGAUGCCAUUGAUGCUUCCAUUGUCGGAAUGUUGGGUGAUCCAAAAGAGGCAAGAACAGGAAUCACAGAGGUGCAUUUCUUGCCCUUUAACCCUGUAGAUAAACGUACAGCCAUCACAUACAUCGAUGAAAGCGGAGACUGGCAUCGAAGCAGCAAAGGAGCUCCUGAGCAGAUCAUCGAACUAUGCAAUCUCCAAGGAGAGACUAAAAGAAAAGCACAUGAAGUUAUUGAUGGUUUUGCUGAACGUGGGCUUCGUUCUCUUGGUGUUGCUCAACAGACUGUGCCUGAGAAGACUAAGGAAAGUGAUGGUAGUCCAUGGGAGUUCGUUGGUCUAUUGCCACUCUUUGACCCGCCAAGACAUGACAGUGCGGAAACUAUUAGACGUGCCCUUGAGCUUGGUGUCAAUGUUAAGAUGAUUACCGGUGACCAACUUGCCAUUGGUAUUGAGACUGGUCGUAGGCUUGGCAUGGGAACCAACAUGUACCCAUCCACUUCACUCCUUGGAAAUUCAAAAGAUGAGUCAUUAGUUGGCAUCCCUAUCGAUGAGCUCAUUGAGAAAGCUGAUGGAUUUGCUGGAGUUUUCCCUGAGCACAAGUAUGAGAUCGUAAAGAAGCUACAAGAAAGGAAGCACAUUUGUGGGAUGACUGGAGAUGGUGUAAACGAUGCUCCAGCUUUGAAGAAAGCGGAUAUUGGAAUUGCAGUGGCAGAUGCUACUGAUGCGGCGAGAAGUGCCUCAGACAUUGUUCUAACAGAACCAGGACUAAGCGUGAUAGUGAGUGCCGUAUUGACAAGUCGCGCUAUCUUCCAGAGGAUGAAGAACUACACAAUCUACGCUGUUUCCAUCACUAUCCGUAUUGUUUUGGGAUUCAUGCUUGUUGCUUUGAUCUGGAGAUUUGAUUUUGCACCUUUCAUGGUCUUGAUUAUCGCAAUCCUAAAUGAUGGAACCAUCAUGACAAUCUCUAAGGACAGGGUUAAACCUUCCCCGGUGCCAGAUUCUUGGAAGCUCAAUGAGAUUUUUGCCACUGGCGUUGUUCUAGGAACCUACAUGGCUCUUACCACUGUACUCUUUUUCUGGCUAGCUCAUGACACAAACUUCUUCAGCGUAAGUAGUAUACAAUAUCACAUCAACAACAUUUCUGUUAUUAUACUUAUUUUCAAUAUUAAAUUACAGAAAACAUUUGGGGUGAGGUCCAUACAAGGAAAUGAAGAAGAGCUUAUGGCAGCUUUGUAUCUUCAAGUGAGCAUCAUAAGUCAAGCACUUAUCUUUGUAACUAGAUCAAGGAGUUGGUCAUUUGUUGAGCGACCUGGGUUUUUGCUCCUAAUAGCCUUUGUCAUAGCACAAUUGGUGGCUACAUUGAUCGCUGUGUAUGCAAACUGGGGAUUUGCAAGAAUCGUAGGUUGUGGAUGGGGAUGGGCUGGAGUCAUAUGGGUAUAUAGUAUCAUUACCUACAUUCCUCUUGACAUCCUCAAGUUCAUCAUUCGUUACGCUCUCACGGGCAAGGCUUGGGAUAACAUGAUCAACCAGAAAACUGCGUUCACAACAAAGAAAGAUUAUGGAAAAGGAGAGAGGGAGGCUCAAUGGGCACUAGCUCAACGUACACUCCAUGGUCUACCACCCCCGGAAGCAAUGUUCCACGACAAUAAAAACGAGCUCUCUGAAAUAGCAGAGCAGGCCAAAAGGCGCGCCGAAGUUGCUAGGCUAAGAGAGCUUCACACUCUAAAGGGUCACGUUGAAUCUGUAGUGAAGCUCAAGGGGCUUGACAUUGAUACCAUUCAACAACACUACACUGUUUAACCAUUUCUAGGGUGACUACUAUGAACGAGCUCUAAUGAGUAACAAAAAAAGCUAUGUAUUCUCCUUAUAUUGUUUUUAAACUAUUUGUGACAAAAAGAGAGCAAAAACGAGAUAUAACAUAUUUUUCCGUUGGAGGAUAUAUAUUAACACCUAGUUAAUUACUUGCAAAA